AUAAAUACCGCCGACUGUAAGAGACCGAAGUCCGUGUGGCCCGUAGUGAAAACGGUUUGUGUGUGUGUGUGUGUAACAAGGCAAAAUAAAUCUAACGUUAAAUUUGUUUCCAUACGUUAACCCGGCUUACAGCUAGCCAAUAUAAUGACGCGAAGCUCAAAUGGUGUGUCGGAAAGGGGUCAAUGGAUCCUCUCAAAUGCCCUGGCCCUUCUGAGCGACAACCCACCGAUUGUUGUACCGCCUCAAAAGUACGGACUUCAUGACGUGGCUAUUUACAACAAGAAGAUUAAUGAUGUCGUCACCAACAAGAUGCUCGAAGUUGGUUAUAAGAUCGACGCGGUAUUCAGAUGGGAUGAAGAGUAUGAGGAAUUUAAAGGAGCAAUUGAGCGCUUGCCCUGGGAUACUUUAUCACAAACAGCAUUCGAAGAAUCUUUGCGCCGAGCUUGUCAAGCUGCGGAAGACCUUAAGAUUGUUGCUGACAAGGUCAGUUCUUCGUCAGAAGAUGAAAACUGGGAAGACGUCGAUACAUCAAUAUCGUCAUUUGGCUCAAUAUCCAUUGCAUCUGCCAGUUCGAAAGGUUCAGAUAGAAGCGCUAUUCUUUCGAACGCCAAAAGGAGCAUGCUCAACCAGAUGAAGGAAAGCGCAAAAAAAAAACUGCAGAGAAUUUCUCGUUUAGGAGACACGGUUGCGGCGGCUAAAAAAACACAAGGAUGCACGCCACUCAAAAAGCCUCCACAAUCUGCGAACUCCUCUACCAACGGCAACAAUACGAGCAGUCACGCAGGCGCAGAAGGCGAGCACCAAGGGCGUGCUUUAAAGCGCCAGGCCAGUACCAGUGCACAUCCAGAAAGACAGGCAAAGAAAACACGGGCUCCGAGUGUCGAUAAGGCAGGAUUUGCCAGGUCACAGAACUCUCGAGUACAGUUGGUUAAAGAACGUAAGGAAAUUCAGGAGAAAGAGAGGAUCGAGAUGAUUGAGGCGAAAAUCCAACAAAAAGAGCUUCAAGGGAGAGAUAAGGUUUCUAGGGAGCAAAAACCUACUAUCGCAGCUGCUGGCAGAAAAGUAUCCGCUACUAACAGUAGUACUAUCCAAAGUAAAGCACCCGCUGAAAAAGGCACUUCAACGAAGCCCGCACCCAUAAGAAAAGCAUCUAUUACAAACAAACCAGUAAUGGCACCUCCGAAAGUCACGAGGUCUGCCCUUACUCAAGAAGCAAGUGUUGUUGCUAAAAAGAACUCACUGUUUGCAAAGCCAGCUGUACCGGUCGUUGCUGUGAAAUCGACAGUGCCAAAAAUUGCAAAGAAUGCUUCACCAUUACGAUUGAAAAACAUUGAAAGGCCGCCAGCCCCGGUUAAUGGAGGCGACAUCAAAGCUUCAUCCACUAAGACGAUGCAAGACAAAGCGAAAGAUGGACUUCGUCAUGGCGAUCUAGCUAAGCAGGCAAUAUUCCAAAGUAUGCUUGUUGCAGGAGACCAAGAUGUGCAUUGUGCUAACUCAACGUUCCUACCUGGAGUGGAAGCUAUGCCUAAUUUCGAUGCGUCAUUAGCGUUGACGGCCAGUCCUGUUGGGGAGACAUUUGUCAUUGGUGCCAAGGGAGGUAUUUCGGCAGCGAGUAACAAUACCACGUUCGUCUCGAAACCUGGCUUGAUGCCGUCACCUGUUAUGAAUCGACAGGGUCCAGUGAAUCUGGACACAUCCACCUUCAUCGAUUCAUUCAAUGAGUCCUAUAGAGACUAUGGACUUGAGGACCUGUGCUCGGACUCGGAUAACACGGAUGAUGAGAAUAAGCCCAAUAAACGGGUUCCCAAGUGGGCCGAUAUGCGGAGCAAGCGAUUUAAAAGCCGUAUAACGCGACAGAAGGUUCUAGGCCAAGCGAUUGAGAAGUAUGGCCUUACUACAAUCUACAUGCCUGCUUCAGUUAAUUUAGAAAAUAUUUUCCAGACAACAUCAAAUCGCUUCCUUCGACACAAUACAUCGUCAGGAGUUUGGAACGAAACGCACGAUUUUAUUAAGGACUGAAUUAAAAGCUGCAUUUAAAGUGCGGGGGGGG